CUCGACAUAUCUAUAUUAACUGCUUCUGCUACUGUUACUGCUUCUACUGCGAGAAGUUGUUUGGCAUCAUGUGUCGUCCAAGACCAUGACCUCUGAGUUUCAGUUUUAUUUUCUGUCAGUGAAAUUCAUACGAUAACGUUCUUUUUUGUUGUACUUUGAUUCUAUUCUAAUAGCUACCACCUCCACACCUCGAUUUCGAAAUAUUCUGUGCAAUGCUGUUAGGCGAAAUGGGUCGCAAAAAGAACAAGCAAGAAGACAAUGUACAGAAUAUAGAACAGCCGCAACAGCCACCACAAAACCACCAACAUUACCAGAGCGAUAAUGAAAUACCAGCCAUUACAUUGACAUACGGCUACGCAUACAUUUCCGUUAAAGGAGCCUACAUUAAUGAAAUCGGUCGUCGAAAUUAUGGCGUUCCCCACCAUUACGUUCAAAAUCGAUGGACACGCGAUGGCAGCGACCAUUCUCAUUUGACGCUUAUCCCUCCCCAGGAACUGAAAGUUGCUUUAGCCAACGCUGGAAUUACCCUGCCGAAGAAACGCCAAUCUCGAGCAAUCAAAGCUUUAAUCCAAUGGAUCACUGAGCGUGUUGGGGAUCCAGCUACUUGGAAUCCAAACGAUUGGCCUGUGGAUCUUGGUUUGGCGUUCUCGAACAAACAAGAAAAGGUUGUGCAAGAACAUGAAGGAAGAGGAGGAGGUGCAUCAUCUGUAUCCAAGCGUAUCAUCAGCAGCAAAGCAUACUAUCGUGUGAUGCAUUGGCCAUUUGGUGAACGGAUUCGACAGCUUCUUCAAUUGAAACCAGCCUUUUUUCAUGUGACAGUGGGAUUCGAUCCAACGGAUGUGCAUGGUGUUUACAAGGGGCCUGGAACGCUUCUUAGCCUUGACACCAGCAGCAGUCUGCUUUAUUAUCAUCAUACAGCUACCCAAUACGGUAUUGAUGAAGAGCAAGUUCUUGUCAACGAAUUAGCGAAUCUUGUCAAGGUUGCCUGCCAUUAUAUCAAGGAUAUCCUGUUUUUAGAUGCGCUCGCCAACCGGUGUCUGUGUUAUCGUGAGCAGUUGGAUGCGUGCGCUGUUAAUUGGAAGUUCAUCCUACAGUACAGCAGUAGCUUGCAACUUUCUGAAGGAGACGAAUUAUGUAUGUAUCUAUGUUUUAUUAUGGUGCUGACAACGUUUGUCAAGGAUGAUAUGCAUGACAAUUGACGGUUAUAUUGAUAUUUUUCACUCUUUCAUCUUUGUAUUUCGUUUAGGGUUUGAUGCACCCGAACUGCCUGAGUCUCUCGUACCCUCCAGGGCUUAGCAAUCUACUAAGAACUGGUUGUAAAUAUUUCAUCGUUUCUCUUUAUUAUCGUUCUAUGAUUUACAUCUUACCAUAUAUCCACAACCUGUCAUAGCUUAAAUUCCAAAAAAAAAAGCUGGUGCAAUAGCAGCAGCAACAUCAGCAAUGAUUUUUCGAUCCUUCGUUUUGUUUUUGGUCUCACUACCUAUUAAGGACCGAUAUUCAGUUCUGAUCGUCG